UGUACAUCUCCAUCUCUCGCCGUCUUCAUUGUUACUGUGUGAUCUCUUCCUGCUGUUUUUGUGACGUGUCCUGACGUGAGAAGGGGGCAGGCAGCCAGCCAGUCAUUGAGUUUGAGUCUCGCUGUCUGUUGUGAAUGUCUCCGGGUGUCAGGCUGCUCGCUCGACCUCUUGACUUCUAACGAUGCGUUUGCGCGUCUGCCCGCUCAGGGCUGAACACGGAGUUCCCCAGGCGUGAGGACAAGGAAGGAGGAAGGGAAUGGGACAGCUCAACAGAAAGCAACAGCUCACUCUUGUUUUGAUGCCAUGCUCCUGGUUUAGCACCGCGAUGGCGGAGAGCGCUGCCCGGCAGCAGCAACAGCAGCGGCAGCAGCCCCGAGCAACAGCGGCAGGAGGAGGUGGACUAGGAGCCGGACCAGCUCAGCACUCACCCCGGCUACACAGCCGCCGAGCGGCAGGUACUUUCUGAAGCCUGCCCACCCUCCAGGAGACCGGUGGGAGGGAGAGGACAGGAGUAGUGGAGGUGAUUCGGUGUUGCUUUGUUGAGAUCUUACUACCCCUCUCACCGACUCACACAAACAAACAAACACACAGUCUGUGAUCUUACAAAAACGUCUCCUGCCAAAUGUGUAUCAACUGAGGAGCCCCGUCGACACUCAACUCACUCACUCCGCGGCGAGGAGGGGUUACUCCCGGGAGAACAAUUUGGGAACAUUUUUGGGGCAAAGGGAGCCAGACGUGGAAAGUGAAUCAGAAGUUUACUGACCCAGGAUCGGUUGGGAAGGGCAUUCGUUCGUUCAUUCAGUCAUGGGACCAAAACAGAGCAGCCCGACUACAAACGGGCGGACCCGAGCCUACUCGGGCUCCGAUUUACCCUCGGCCACGGCCAGCAGCAACGGGAGUAACCGCUCGGUGGCCGGUUCCAGCGGCUCGGGGCCCGUCUCCGUGUCGGGUGCCGGGGUGAGCAGCGCCUUGGCCGGCGGCCGCUACCACUACGUGAGCCCGGCGGCUGCUGCUGGAGGUGGAGGAGGCAGCAGUAGAGGGGCGGCGGCGGCAGCGGCGGUGGUGGUGACUGGGGGCAGCAGCCGCAACCAGUCCCUCAACAUUCCCAACAGCGGCGGCACCUACAGUUCCCAGGAGGAAUCGGAGAGCAGCACCCCGGAGGAGAGCACGGGGGAGCGGCCGGGAGGCCACGGAGGACCCCGGCUACUGAUCGGAUCCCUCCCCGCUCACCUGUCGCCUCACCUGUUCGGAGGUUUCAAGUGUCCAGUGUGCCUAAAGUUUGUUUCCACGGACGAAAUGGACUUGCACCUUGUAAUAUGCCUGACCAAACCAAGGGUGACCUAUAAUGAGGAUGUACUGAGUAAGGAUACUGGAGAAUGUGCAAUAUGCCUUGACGACCUACAGCAGGGAGACACCAUUGCACGCUUGCCCUGUCUAUGUAUCUACCACAAAGGAUGUAUAGACGCUUGGUUUGAAGUCCAUAGGUCAUGCCCUGAGCACCCAUCAGAUUAAACACUCAACUGAACCAAAUGAGCUGUUGCUUUAAGCAGGUUUCUUCGGACACUUCUGUAAAUGGAACAAACUGUUCCCAUACACAGAGGCUGCAACUGAAUUCCUAAAUGGUGAGGAAAUGCUUCAGAGUGCGAUGAUCAUUGCUGCUUCCCUGGAUUGCUGAAUGAGGAAAACUUACCUUCUGUCCUUUAAACACGACGGCUACAGAUUCAGUGAUGCCACAUCUCUCAUCUCUUCUUUGGAAUACGUUUCGAUAUGCCUGUUGGUGGGCUCUCUUGACAUUUGGACAAUGUGUGCCAUAAUUAUGUGAAGGACACACAACAGUUAAACAAAUUUUCUUUUAGUACACAGCCGAUUUUUAAUUGUCUGGUCAAUAGUUUGUGCCUUUGACAUUUUUUAAAUCAAUUUAUUAUUAAUUGUUUUCUGUACAUUUAUUUGCACUAAUUGCGCUGCCAUUGUCAUUUGUAAGCGAUAUGUGAAUGAUCUUUUAAAUAAGACUGAGUAGGGUGAGCAGAAUCAUAGGAUGGAACUGGACUUCCCACCCAUCACACAUGUACACUCAAAGCAACUUCACUGAAGGUGCCAACGAGCAAAGGAGUUCCUGUCCAGUUAUUAGACACUUGAAAAUGCUACAAAUAUUCAGGAUGUUUUAAGCUGAAAAUGUGAGGGUGCAGUUUAAUGGCACUUUGUCCUUUCACUCGUAAAUGGGAAUAGUGUCAGAAUGAAUCAUGUUUUCUCGACCAGAAAUUAUGGUUUACCAUAAUCCAAUGGAAAAGCCAAUGUAUUCCUGGAGCUCUGGACCUCUUUCAUAAUGGACGGCCUUCCGAAUACAGAGUGGUAUGAUGGGAUUAUCUAUAUCCACUGGAUCUAGGUUUCUGAUGCAACUUAGAAUGAACAGAUCGAAUCUUCUCUCUGCUGGUAUUGUAAUGCCAAUGCAUCAGCGUCAGGAACAUUCGACUUGGCACCUGAUCAACGAGGACUCACAAUGGGACAUUGACUGCUUCUGGGCACUCUUUCUCGGAGAUGGAUCCAGGAGAAAAUGCUGAAGCUACGACAGGAUAGCAAAAGUCUGCUUCCGUGGCCGGGGUUGAGGCAGACUGUCGGGGAGGCUGCUUCACAAGAUAUGAACACUCACUCGAAACUGAGUGAAAAAAGUAGAACGGUGGUCCAAUGCUUUCUGUCUACUUGUCACAAAAGGAUAAAUGUAUGCUUAUAUGUGUACCAGCAACUCUCCUCGGUGUCUAGUUACCAACAAGUCUUGUAGUAACAAACAAAAAAAUGAACUGAGUUUUAAUUGGUAGCAGCUAAUGUUACAGAAACCUUGUAAACUUUGCUCCACUGUUAGGAGUGACCAUAGCUCACCUCUGGGAGGAAGACGAGAUGUUAUUACAAAAUUACAAAUAAAUCAACAUUUUAAAAAAAUCAAUAAAUUGUUAAUAUGUAAAAAACAAAAUCUAUUUACUCCGUGCCUGUUUUGUCCAAAGAUGGUUAAUACAAAAAUACAGAAUGUUGUUCUGAAGUUUUUUUGUGUUUUUUUAGUGCUCAGCAGUCAGUGUGUUUGUAGAAAAAACGAUUUAAAUCCAAAAACCAACUGGUCAAUAAAAUGAACAAAUUCCAAGCA